CAAGAGCUUCACGCUCUCCCACACUCCCCACUCCACUCCACUCCCCCCCAUCCCGCUAUUCCGCGUGCUCCCCGUAGCCUUUUUCCUGGUGGUUUCAUUCCCCACCCUCCUCCCCUGAUCCGCCGGCCGCCGGUUCUCGGCCGCUCCGUGUCCGCUCCUCGGAGGAGGAUUGGUUCUUGGCAGAGACGAGGACAGCCAGGGGGAAGGAAAGGUGGUGGUGGCGGGUUCUUGUCCACUCCGCCUCCGAGUUGAAGUUGAAUCUCCCCGUCCGCCGACCCAAUCCGCCAUCUUUUUCCUCCGCCGGAAAAGGACCCCCCGCCGUACUCGCGCGGCGGACCGACCUCCGCCAAUUAAUCCUCGCGCCGUGGAGCAAAGGGGUCGUUCCUUAAGUCCCCGGGCGGAAUCCAAGGAGACCCGGCAUCCGGUCGGUCGGUCGGAAAGGUAAAGAAAAGGGGGCCAUGAUCCCGCUUCUGUUCCUGGUGCUGUUCGCGGAGGGCGCGGUGGCGCUGCUGCUCAUGGUCAAGAUCGGCCCGCUGCGGGAGCUGGCGAUGCGGGGCGUGGAGCAGGUCAAGACCGGCAAGGGCCCCGCCACCGUCAAGACGCUCGCCUGCACGCUCUCCGUCAUCCUCAUGUCCAGCGUCGCCGCCAUCGUCAGGAUCCAGAACAGGGGCCACAAGAUCGGCAACGUCAGCCCCAUGGACCAGGUGCUCUGGCGGACGCACCUCCUCGAGGCUUCCCUCAUCGGAUACACACUAUUCCUCGCGUUUGUCAUCGAUCGGUUGCACCACUACCUUCAGAAGCUCAUCACCCUGAGGAAAUCAGCCAACAUCUCCAGGGAAGAGGUCGAGAAGCUCCAAAUGGAGAACCGGUCCUUGCGCGAGAAAGAGGAGAAGUCGGCCAGCGAGAUGAAGAAGCUUCAGCAGGACAUGGCCAAGCUGAGCGAGGACAUGAAGAAGCUGAAAUCCGAGUCCGAGGAUCACCAGAGGAAAGCGUCUGAUGCGGAGGCCCACGUCAACGCGCUGCAGAAGCAGUCGGAGGAGCUGCUCCUUGAGUACGACCGGCUGCUGGAGGACAACCAGAUCCUGCAGUCCCAGCUUCACUACAAAGGCUGAACUGGUUGACCUGCGGCGUGUAACUGUCUCGAACUCGAAGCGCUCAUCGCCAAGGCUCUUGAUGUGGUUCCUGGCUUUCAUUCCCCUCUCUAACUUAUGGUGAUAUGGAUGGAUGUACUCUGUGCUCUGUAGUUUGUUUUGAGGCACUGAAAAAGUCAGGGAUGGUGAGAUGGAUAUGGGAGAAAGAUCGGGUUUCGAAAUGCGCUUUGUAGUACUGAUUAGACCAUGUGUUGGAAUGCAGUAACUUAUCCCCGAUUCUCGCAGAGAUUUUGAACUGUAUUCUAGUAUAACAUGUCACCGUGUUUUUGGAAAAGGAAAAUUGUUUUUUUUGUUAAGAAGGCUUGCAUCUUUUCAAGAGUUGCACUUCUUACCAAAAAUAACCUCCCUUUUUCAAUUGUAGUACUGUUUUCCUUGCA